AAUAGCAAACCGCAGAGCUGCCUUUCUCAUUCUCUAACAGCGCUGCUACGGCCGGAUGGCUCUGUAAUAAACUAAAAGCUCCUGCUUGUCAAAAUAUAAAAAUUAAAAAGCUCUUCUUUGGCUUCAGAACAAGGAAACAACAUAAAUUCUCCCAAUUCUCGUUGUUUUGUUUUAUUUUUAUUUAUUAUUAUUUAGUGUAAAUGUGUAAAUGGCAGGGGCACAGCCCGGAGUUCACGCCUUGCAGCUCAAACCCGUGUCCGUUUCGGAAAACCUGAGAAAAGGAAACAAAUUCAUGAAAUGGGAGGAUGAUUCUCCCGUGGUAACCCCUGUGACCUUGCGAGUCGACCCACAAGGAUACUUUCUGUACUGGAUAGAUCAAAACAAGGAGACUGAACUUUUGGAUAUUGCAUAUAUCAAGGAUGCAAGAACAGGGAAGUGGAGCCGGACGCCAAAGGAUGCCAAGGUGCGGGAGCUGCUGGAUGUGGGGAAUUCAGUCGGGCGGAUAGAAAGCAAAAUGCUGACGGUGGUGAGCGGCCCAGACAUGGUGAACAUCACCUACAUGAACUUCAUGGCCUUCCAGGAGGAGGUCGCCAAGGAGUGGGCAGAUGAGCUGUUUGAUCUGGCUUCCAACCUGCUGGCCCAGAACAUGCCCAGGGAGUCGUGCCUGGAGAAAGUGUACAUGAGGCUCAAACUGCAGCUGAACCCUGAGGGCCGCAUUCCUGUCAAGAAUAUCUUCCGGAUGUUUUCUGCUGACAGAAAGCGCGUGGAGACGGCCCUGGAGAACUGCAAUCUUCCUUCAGGCAGGAAUGAUUCGAUUCCCCAGGACGAUUUCACACCAGAUAUCUUUCGAGUUUUCAUAAGCAACAUCUGCCCGAGACCAGAGAUCGACACCAUCUUCUCAGAAUAUGGCGCUAAGAGUCGGCCCUAUCUGACGGUAGAUCAGCUGACCGACUUCAUAAACAGCAAGCAGCGAGAUCCACGCCUUAACGAGAUCCUGUACCCGCCUCUGAAGGCCGAGCAGGUACAGCAGCUCAUCGAGAAGUACGAGCCCAACGUGAGCAUGGCCAGCAAAGGACAAAUAUCAGUGGAGGGCUUUGCCAGGUACCUGAGUGGGGAGGAGAACAGCGUGAUCCCACCCGACAAGCUGGACAAGAGCGAAGACAUGACACAUCCCCUCUCCCACUAUUUCAUCAACUCCUCCCACAACACCUACCUGUCAGCGGGCCAGCUGGCCGGCAGUUCCUCGGUGGAGAUGUACAGGCAGGUGCUGCUGACGGGAUGCCGAUGUGUGGAGCUCGACUGCUGGAAGGGCCGCAUGCCUGAAGAGGAGCCCAUCAUCACGCACGGCUUCACCAUGACCACCGAGAUCUUCUUCAAGGAAGUCAUAGAGGCGAUCGCAGAGUGUGCAUUCAAGACGUCCCCCUUCCCAGUCAUCCUGUCCUUCGAGAACCAUGUGGACUCGCCAAAACAACAGGCCAAAAUGGCUGAAUAUUGCAGAUCGAUAUUUGGCGAUGCUUUGCUAACAGAACCGCUUGAGAAAUACCCUCUGGAGACCGGAGCCCCACUGCCCAGCCCACAGGAGCUCAUAGGGAAGAUACUCAUCAAGAACAAGAAGAAGUCUCCUAAGUCAUCAGAGGACAGUGUGAAGAAGAAGCUAGCAGAGCAGGCUUUGAGCCCCCUCAAUGAUUCCUCUGAAACCCCAGCCCCCCCUUCAGGAGAAGUUGAAGCGGAAAGUGAAGAUGAUGAAGAUGAUGAUGACGACUGUAAGAAGUCAUCUAUGGAUGAGGGAACAGCAGGAAGUGAAGCUUUUGCCACAGAGGAAAUGUCCAAUCUAGUCAACUAUGUCCAGCCUGUGAAGUUCUACUCUUUUGAAGCUUCAAAAAAGAGCAAUAGGAGUUAUCAGAUGUCUUCUUUUGUGGAAACUAAGGCUCUAGAACAGCUUACAAAGUCACCGGUUGAGUUUGUAGAAUAUAACAAACUUCAGCUCAGCCGAAUCUAUCCCAAGGGCACCAGGGUGGACUCCUCAAACUACAUGCCCCAGGUAUUCUGGAACGCGGGCUGUCAGCUGGUGGCGCUGAACUUCCAGACGAUAGACCUCCCAAUGCAGCUAAACCAGGGCCUGUUCGAGUACAAUGGGAAGACCGGGUACCGGCUCAAGCCCGAGUUCAUGAGGAGGCCGGACAAGAACUUCGACCCGUUUACGGAGGUGACAGUGGAUGGGAUUGUAGCCAAUACCCUGUCUGUGAAAAUUAUAUCUGGACAAUUCUUGUCAGACAAGAAGGUCGGCACAUAUGUGGAGAUAGAAAUGUUCGGACUUCCUGUCGACACGAAGAGGAAAGCAUUCAAAACGAAGACAUCACAGGGCAACGCAGUGAACCCCGUGUGGGAGGAGGAGGCCAUAGUGUUUAAGAAGGUAGUGCUACCCACUCUGGCGUCACUCAGAAUAGCUGUGUUCGAGGAAAGUGGGAAGUUCAUUGGCCACCGCAUCAUCCCUGUGUCUGCCAUCCGCCCAGGUUAUCGCUACAUCGGCCUCCGAAAUGAAAAGAGCCAGUCGCUGCUGUUAUCGGCCCUUUUUGUUUACAUUGAAGUCAAGGACUAUGUCCCUGAUACCUUUGCAGACGUGAUUGAGGCACUAUCCAAUCCUAUCAAAUAUGUCAACCUGAUGGAGCAAAGGGCCAAGCAAUUGGCAGCUCUCACCCUGGAGGAGGAAGAGGAGGAGGACGACGGGAAGGAGGUAGAGCCGGGGGGUGACGACCCAUCCGAACCUAAGAAUGAACCCAAGCCAAACCCGGCGGAGAAUGGUGUGAGCCACCCCCCAUGCAGCACCCCCCGACCCCCGUGUCAAGUAACCAACCAGCCCCAGUCCAAAGGGUCAGUGAAACCGGCUGCAAAAACUGAAGAUGUUAUACAGAGUGUCCUGACAGAGGUCGAGGCACAGACAUUAGAGGAGCUGAAGCAGCAGAAAGCAUUUGUGAAAGAGCAGAGGAAACAGUACAAAGAGAUGAAGGAGUUGGUGAGAAAACACCACAAGAAGACUACAGACAUGAUCAAGGAGCAGACAGCCAAGAACAAUGAGUUUCAGAACGAGUACUUACGAAGGAGGGCUGUCCUUCAGAAGAAUGUCAAGAGAGAUAGCAAGAAACGGGUCCCACCAUCCAGCCCGGAGCAUGGCCUUUCAUCUCUGGAGCAGGAACUCUCAGACCUGGACCAGGAAUGCAACCAGAAGCUCAGGGAGCUUAAAGAGCAGCAGCAGCAGCGACUCUUGGACUUGCGUCAGGAGCAAUAUUACAGCGAGAAGCACCAGAAAAAGGAACACAUCAAACAGCUUGUGGAGAAAUUGACUGCAGUAGCGGAGGAAUGUCAGAACAUGCAGCUCAAAAAGCUGAAAGACGUCUGUGAAAAGGAGAAGAAAGACCUGAAGAAGAAAAUGGAUAAGAAACGACAGGAGAAGAUCAAUGAGGCCAAGUAUAAGGAGAAGAACCUCACCGAGGAAGAGAAACUGGAGAUCAACAGGUCUUACAUCAAUGAAGUGGUUCAGUCCAUUAAACGGCUAGAGGAAGCACAGAGCAAGAGGCAGGAGAAGCUUCAAGAGAAGCACAAGGACAUUCGGCAGCAGAUAAUGGAUGAAAAACCUAAGCUUCAGCACGACUUGGAUCAGGAAUAUCAGGACAAGUUCCGCCGACUCCCAGUGGAGAUUCAGGAGUUCGUCCAGGACACCGCUAAAGCCAAGGCGAGUGAAGACGGGGAGCCUGGCCCCCAGCCCCUCACCCAGACCCUGGGGGAGCCUCACCACACGGCAGGCCAGUCUGAGGAGGACGUCGAGGAAGACGAGGGCGUAGAGAAGACCUUCGACACGCUGCUCUAGGCCGCCUCUCUGCCAUCGUUGUUCUCAAACCCUCACUGUCUGUCUGUUUCAGUUUUGUUUUCUUGCCACCCGUUGCCAUGGAUGCGCCUCCCGGUUACGGAAGCGGCCUGUCACCUGGGUGCUGAUGGCAGGAGCCCCAAGCGUGAAUGCUGCCCCACCCCAACCCCUAACCCACUGUGCCCACUAUCUUGCAAUAUUAACAGUGAGAGUAUAGCAACAGUUCGCCCAGUCUGCGAGGGUGAUGCUCUCCGCUGAUCAGCGUUUAGAAAUGCGCUAAGUAAAGAAAAAAACUGAAUUAAUGGUGUUAAGGAAAUAACAGAGGAAGGGGGCAGCCGAAGGUGUUAUAUGGACAGACGCACCCAGAAUGUGGCCCGGUGUAUGACUGGUGCGAGGCCCCAUGUUUCCAGUGCCGUCCGACCGGGGAACAUGCCGUCACUGGUGCACUGUACGGAGUGUGCAGCAGAGCAGUAGAGAGAAAACGUGCACUGUACACUCACCGAAACGUCAUAAGUUAUCUGCAAGCUCAGCUGGCUUGCCAAGUCUAAUUUGUCAUUUUGACCCACAGGAAUAUCUGUUGCUGCUGUUAAUAUGAUUUUCUUUGUAUAAUGUGUACAAAAGAGUACAUCUUUUAUAUCUUUUGUUUUUCCCAUUUUAAAAAAAAUGUUUGACUUUCUGAAUUUUAAUAAGUAGUUAUGCAUUAUGUGGUAAUCGGAUAAGAUUCAGAGAUGCAGGAAAGAAGAAUCUGCACAUAAUGUAAAUGGUAUCUGUAAAAGGAGAGCCCCCAUCUCUUUGCGUCGAGGCAGUGCGACUUGUUUUCAGAGUUUGUAAAAAAAAAAAAAAAAAAAGUAAACUGUUUUACACGUGCACUUGAAGAAGAACACUCAGCGGUAUUUGUGCAAACAUAAGGGUGUGUGCGGGAAAUGCGGAAAGGUAAAGGUCCCUGCACAGCGACACCUCCUCCCCCCACCGGCCAAACACACACAUGCCCACACUCUGUGCCUGGAACAUUUAGCGAGCGACUUGGGUAAAAAGAGAAGGUAAAGGGUGCGUUUCCUUCAGUUCCAGCAUCCAAGAGAAAGUUGAGGCAGGUUAAACAAUAUAUAUGUGUGUGUGUGUAUAUAUAUAUAUACAUACAGACGUUGCUCUACUUACGAACUUUCAACUUACGAACUUUCAGACAUACGAACGAAGAGGACCGUAAGUCCAAAUUGUGUUCAUUGGGCUCCCGUUUCCUGUCUGCAGCAUCAGUUUGUUUUUUCUGUGUGCCAAUUACAGGUAGUACGACUUCUGGCCGCUACUCCCGCCGCGUUGCAGCGUAGCGUGCGCACUGCCAGCAUCCUAGUUCUUUGUACUUCCGUAUAUCCUUAAAAUGAUAUUGAAUAACGACUUACGAAUGGCCGUUCAGAACAUAUCUCAUUCGUAAGUAGAGGAGCAUCUGUAUAUAUAUAUAUAUAUAUAUAUAUAUAUAACAGAUUCCAAUUUAAAAUACUGUAAUGCAGCAUGCCCAGCGUACCCAAGGCUGAAUAGAAGUUACAAUAUUUUGUAUUUUAGUUUUUUUUUUAUUUUAUCAGUAAACUGGGGAAUUACAGUUUCUGCCUUGAUUGAGAUUUUGAGCUUUUUUCAUUCUUCAUUUAUUGAACAUAUUUAUAAUGCAUAAAAUGGAAAUACUGUAGGUUCUUAAUUUGUUUAAAGUUUACAUUGAAAGAUAAUAGAUUAAGAAGGUGAGAUUGUACUAAAGAAGACUAGAGGAUUAUGUAGGAUUCCUUAAGCGAUGGCUGCCGGCAUUUGUGGAUUUUAGCUCUGGUGUCUCCUGAUUGGCUCAUCGUUUCCUGUUUUCUGCCAUCUGUACUAAAGAGGUGAUGUUGAUGUGGCUUCAGUGGUGUCUCUCUCUUUCUCACGGCCUUUCUUCCCUUCAUCCCUCUUGCCAUGUUUGGAGUCCCCCUCCUUUCCUGUGGUUCAGGUCACCCCUCUUGUGUCAUGUUUUCAUACAGAUAGUCUUCUGCACUGUAAUUUCUGCCGCUUUUAUUCUGAAAUUAAAUGGACGUAGAAGCUGUAAUGGAUACAUUUACAUAUAUGAUGCUCCAGUGAAAGAUUUCUUUUUAUUUAGUGGAUGGUUGCUAUGACUGGUCACCUGUCUGAAAAGCUAUGUAGAAUACAGUGUUCUGCGGUAAACAGGAAUUGUCAUAAUUUAAAAAACUCAAUAAAUACGUUAAUUAUGGGAAAACAGUUUGUUUGACUGACUUAGUGACAGAGAUGACAAACAUGUUAAUUGAGCCAUAUUGCUUGUUGAUUUCGGAGGCGAAUGAAGGGUAUUUUUCAUGUAAUAUUUACAGGCCGAAAGUGAGAUAUUACUGACAGAAUUUACCCAUGCUUGUAUUUUUCAUUUUGUCACCUUCCUUCAUAUAUUCACACAGACAAAUAUGUGCAAACUAUAUAGUUUUAUAACUGUAUGUGAUAUAGUCAACAGGUAUUAACAAAACAUUUGGAAAUAUGGAAAUUGAUUCAGUAAAUAUUGUACAGUGCUUAAGUCGUUGUGCUGAUUUCUUCAUGCAGUGUCACACGUUUUCCUGCAUCCAUCAUUUAGUGACCAUAUUUUAAAGCUUCAGAAUAGAUGCACGUUUACAAUUAAUCCCUGUUCUACAAACACCUUUAAUUCAAUGUUGCUUUAGGAGUGCAAAACAGAUUCUGUUCUAAGUAGUGUUCCACCAGAAAUUUUACACAUUUAUCCACGCAUAAAGUAAACCAUUUUUGUCUUUACUUGAAUGAAGUUUACACUGUGAUGUGAACAUGGAUUCCAAAAUAAGUCCCGAAGAGGAAUUUGUGGACAAUGGGAUGUGUUUGACCUUUUUAAUGUUGAAUGUGUGAAGUGCAUUCUUGUGUAUACUGUCCCUGUAUUAAAGCUGUAUUUCAAUAGA